AUGACUGACGUUUCGUUCAUUCAGGGCCGGUACUCAGUGCAUCGUCGCGUACGCCUUUGUUCGGUACUUAGUGCCUCGUCGCCAUAUCUGAACUGGGUUCCUAAUAGUCGUGUAUCAAUCACCAACUAUCGAGGAGAAGCAUUACUCGAUUGCUUUGUGCAGCCCACUCAACACAUUACGGACUAUCGCACGGCCCAGACCGGCUUACAGGCGGAGCACCUCUAUGGUCCGCACGCCCUUCCUUUGAACCAGGUGAAAGCCUUGGUGGCUCAGAGGAUCGCGGGCAAAAUCAUCAUUGGACACAGCCUUUGGAACUUUCUGUCGGUACUGGAGCUCCCUCACCCGGCCAUCAACACUCGCGAUGUUGCGCUUUUCCUUCCUUUCCGGAGAACGCUACAGCGCCACAGCCUGGUCAGCCUCCCGACGCUGAUGCAUGGUCUGAUGCGGCGUGAGAUGUCCAGGCUACCCCAAGAGUACGAGCACCCACUGGAGCAAGCGCGAGCAGCGCUCGAUCUAUUUCGUUCCUCGCAGACAGUCUGGGAGACUUCCGUCUCAUCGGGCGCCUGGCCUUGUGCUCUCCCGCCAUCGGCAUACGCUAGGUUCUUCACCUGA